AUGGCAGACGCAAUCCCCGUCCAACCGUCUGCGGGACCCGCACGCGGCCGGCGUUCAAUUGUUCCUUCCAAGCCCCCCGGGAGACGUGCAGGGCGGGAUGUGCCGAUUCUCGGCGUCGUGAAUGCGGAGGCAAAGGUAUCGAUGCACGAGCCUGUUAAACGUGCACCAAGGGGACCCCUUCCUAAGACUUUCAGGAGGCUGGUCGCAAGCAGGACGGGGGACAGUUUCCGUGAAGUUGCCACAAUUGUUGAUCUGCCCAUGGACAUGCCUGGCCCUGGCGAGGUUUUGGUCGAGCUCCGGUGGGCGGGUGUGAAUGGAGGCUGUGAGACGUUCCGUGUGAGGGGUGACCAGCUUUUUUACUCCAAUAGAGGCAAAACAAACUUCCCCUUGGGAGCUGAAGGCUCAGGGGUCGUUGCCGCCAUCGGUGAAGGUGUGGACGACCUAGAUAUUGGCCAGCCGGUGGCGACCAACCGCAUCUCAGCAUUUAGCGAGUAUGGCAUCACCCGCAGAGAAUGUUGCACACCAGUGCAGGAGGCAGGCCCAGAGGCAGCCGCGCUCACCCAAUCUGCAGUCACGGCUUGCACGGCUCUUGAGGUACUGUGGGCUCUGUUACUUUAG